AGCCUACUACUCAACUAGACGUGUUUGAGGAAUUAACUCCAGCUCCGGGAUAUGCUAAUCACGUAGCUAUUGAGAAGGUUUCCAUUUAAUUGUGGCAGUGCUAGUGCUGAAUGUGUUCAUGGUUGCCACUCAAGCUCAAUGGCCCUUUCACUACCCAACACACACAUACAAUACAAGGUAUAGGCCAGCACAAACCACACAAUCCACUGAUAAGAAUUACAGUUUCCAUUACCAUUCCAAUGUGUCAGUUAGGUCAAAAUUCCAAACACAGUCUCCUACUCAGCAGUAUCAUUAUUCAGUUCAAUUCCCUGGCCACAGAUACCACUCUGCUCAGUACCCUGUCCAGAGAUAUUAUUUUUCAACUCAACCAAGCAUACACACUUGCCAUUUUACAUCUCGGUCUCCGCCACUGUAUACCUCCAACCAACAACCAAGGAGGAUACAGGUUUCAAACCUGUCUACUUUGUAUUUUCACAGAGGACACCAGCCUGUAAGGUACCCAUCACAGAUUACAAUAUUACAGCAGUCUCUCAACCUCCAACAACCUACCCACUACUCCACGCACCAGCUUGUCAAUCUGCUACCUAAACACAAUCACACUCAUCAGCUUGAAAGACCCCAACAUUCUGCACAUAACUUCACUAAUGAACUUGUAAGCCCCCAACAACCUACUCAUAACCAUGGUCAUCAGCCUAGCAAUGCCAAACAACAAACACAUGAAACAACCAUUCACCUUGCAAGCUCCCAACCACCUAAACAAAGGCUCACUUUUAAGCCUGUUAGUCCUCAACAACCUGUAUCUAAUAACACUCAUCAUCAUAUCAGCUCCCAAGAACCUGUACAUAAUCACACUCAUCAGCCUUUAGAAGAACAGCAAUAUGGAUAUCACCUUGAUGAAAAAACUACUACAGCGACACAACAACAGUUCGGACAUCAUCUCACUCAACAGCCAGUCUGGAAACAGCAUCCAUAUCAUCAUGUUCAGCCUUCAGAGAAAAGAUUCAAAUCAUCAUGGUACUUGCAACCUUAUCGCAUCAGACAACGGCAACACCAGCAAAAGCAUGGAGAGGCACGUUUUGAUGUGGGACAAGUUCUCUUCACAGAAGCAACCACACCAACAAGCACAUUCACAGUGCCAUUCUCAAUCAGUUCUAUUAAUACAUCAACUAAGCCUAGCACAUCAUUUGUUACAAUUGAAGCCAACAAUUCAGUUCCCAACACAGUUAUCUCAAUAAAUACAAUACCUAUAAAUAGUAUAAGAACAAACAGCAGCCCACCUGGUUUAGAUGUAACUACAACAAAGAUUUCUAGAGCUACAAACACUGGUAUAACCAGCUUUUCACCAAGUACUGUAACUUACAAUAUCAGCAAACCAGAUGUUUCAGAUAUGCUUGGAACUGAUGAUUUGAAGACUGCCAUUACUAACACUACAUCACUGCUGUUGCCUGCUGAAAAUGAUAGUGUUACAAGUGCCUCUACCAUGAAUCCCUCAAUUUGGCCAUUCACAAUGAGACCAGUACAUAUUGUUUUAAAGACUAAAAAGAAUGAACAUAUUUUGUCACCAGUCCCUUUACCUGUAAAUUGCACAGACAAUUUAUCUAAACAAAGUAAUGAAAAUACAGAAGAGAUAUUUGGCGAAGAAACUCCAGCAAUAUUAUCAGAGCUUGAUUCUAAGAGAUUCUGCCAUGAAAAGGAACUCCAUGAGAACACUCCUGUCAAUGAAAUGAAAAAUGUAGCUGAAAUCACUCAGGUUGCACCUCCUUUGCCUCAGAUAACAUCUGAAGAUAAAAAUGCUAAUGAUGCACUAAUCACCAAUUAUGCAGACUUCACAUUUCAGAAGAGUAAAAUUCCCUCCAUAAAUGAAUCCAGUGAUAGUCUGUCUUUAAAUCUUGAUAAAGACAAUAGUCUCUUAUUUCACAAUUCAUCUCCUACACUUAAUGGUUUAAGUAAUAUUUCUGCAGUAACCAAAGAAAGUAUUAAGAGCAGCGAAACAUCUAGGAUAGUUGAAGUAAUUCCUCCAAAAUUAACUGAAAGUAAUAUUGUGCAUCCUUCACUUGUUAAUAAUAAUAUUUUCCGACCACCUGUUUCAAAAAUAAUACCUGCUCAUAAUCGACAAAGGAAUGAACUUCUGGAACCAAGCGAUGAUAUUCCUUCAGGACCCUUGCAACUGACUACUACUGAGGCCUUUGCACAGAUAUUCAAUGAAUCUUCACAACCAGUUAGUGCCCCCUCAUCGUCUACAGAAACAAACAAGAGUAUUUAUCUUGUACAAAAAACAAGUAAACACCCUCAUCCAAGUGACAGAGUUCGAGUUACUCCUAAACAUAUAAAAAUGGUCAAAACUAUUGGGGGAACACAAAGAGCAAAGAGCCCAUUACCAAUAUCCCUCAUCUCUACGAGAACCUGUAGAAUUUUCACGUCAAGCAGAGGACCAAGAUGUUACACCAAUACAAAUAAAUAGCCAGCC